CAGCCGAAAGUGGCCUCGUGGUUGGCUCUGCGGCUGUACUCACUGAGGCCAACCUUCGAACCGAUGUUCGGCUGAAUAUACAAAAUUCUGUUCUUUUACACAACGGAUUAUCUAGGAACGUGGUCUUGGUUAACCAUUUAACGAACCGAAAUGUCUACUUUAGUCUCUGUACGAAGGGUUCGAGAGUUUCUGGCAUAACCACCAAGACUACUGCGUCCAAUAAUGCAAAUUUUUAUGCUCACCGCGGCAAAAACUAUUCAAUGAGGAAUAAAUCCUUUUUAAUGUAUACCGCGGCCGUGCUCAUUUUUGGAGUAGGCGUGACGUACGCGUCAGUUCCUUUGUAUCGAAUGUUCUGCCAGACAACAGGUUUUGGAGGAACACUGAUGGCUGGUAGUUCGAAAUUUAACUCGGAUCGCUUGGUCCCAGCACAAAACUCUCGAAAGAUUAAGGUCACCUUUAACGCGGAUACUUCAAGGACCCUUCAAUGGUCCUUCACACCUCAACAACAGGAAGUACGAGUUUUGCCAGGUGAAACCGCUCUUGCUUUCUACACGGCAAAGAACAAAUCAAACCAGGAUCUCAUAGGCAUAGCUACCUAUAACGUGACACCUUUUAAGGUGGCCCCUUACUUUAAUAAAAUACAGUGCUUCUGUUUUGAAGAGCAGAAGUUGGAAGCAGGAGAAGAGGUUGACAUGCCCGUAUUCUUUUUCAUUGAUCCAGAGUUUGCUGACGAUCCAUUGAUGAAGGACGUUGACACUGUCACUUUAUCAUACACCUUUUUUAAGGCAAAGUACAGCGAUAAUGGUGUACUGGAGAUCGGAGUUAAUUUUCUGAAAAUACACCCCGCGUUAAUUCGCAAACUCACAAGAAAUACAUUCUCCUAUAGGCGAUCGCGUUUCCUUGCGGUUCGUUG